GCACGCGGCCAGCUGCACCGCACCAUCACGGCAGCAGCAGUUGCCGCCGAGGAGCUGGAAAAAGACAGGCUUCGGCUCGCUCAAUUCCUUGGCCAUGACAUCACCGCAUUGAGUGAUGUCUUCAGUUUUUUGGCACAGGGCCGCCAGGGCUUCACACUUCCUGAUUUCAGGCGUGCCUUGACGCACCUCCAGCUUCGGGCAUCAGAGCGUGAUCUGUACCUGAUCUGGCAGCGAUAUGCGCAGCCCGGUGAUGGGCCGAGACGUGACGGGCGUAUGGUGUCGAGCUCGAGCCUUCCAGAUGCUAUGCUGUGCGUGUCACGCGCUUUUGGUUCAGGGCACGAGCCCCAAAGAGCCUUCAGGUUGAGUCAGCGGUCGUACCAUACAGGAUAG